GCUGAACGAGGGACAGUAAGGAUAAUAAAGCCUGGUUGUUUCUGCGCUGGUGCAGUUUUACAGCUCAGUGUGUUUCUUGCAUGACUGAAAGCGAGACGAACCGAAGGCGAUGACAGAGCUGCAGCUUCAGUCUGAAUAAAGUGAAAACGAGCAAAAUACAGAGCAGAAACAUGUCGGAAGCAGGCAGCAGACCUCAGUCCGGCACUGGACGCUUCAUCAGCGGUGUGGUGGAAGGUUUUUAUGGACGUCCAUGGACUAUGGAGCAGAGGACUGAGCUGUUUCAGAGGGAGCAGAAGUGGGGUCUGAACACAUACCUGUACGCCCCCAAAGACGACUACAAACACCGGAUGUACUGGAGAGACUUGUACUCUGCAGAGGAGGCCGAACAACUGAUGGCGUUAAUAUCGGCUGCGAAGCAGCACGAGGUGGAGUUCAUCUAUGCAAUCUCUCCCGGUCUGGACAUCACGUUUUCCAACCCCAAAGAAGUAGCUGCCCUGAAGAGGAAACUGGAUCAGGUGAAGGGCUUCGGCUGCAGCUCCUUCUCUUUGCUGUUCGACGACAUCGAGCCUGAGAUGUGUCCGGCCGAUCGGCAGGCCUUCAGCUCCUUCGCCCACGCUCAGGUGGCGAUCACCAACGAGGUGUACCGGCACCUCGGAGAACCGGAGAGCUUCCUGUUCUGUCCCACAGAUUACUGCGGCCUGUUCUGCACUCCCAGCGUGUCCCAGUCCUCCUACCUGCACACUGUGGGAGAGAAGCUCCUGCCAGGCAUCGACAUCCUGUGGACCGGACCCAAAGUUGUGUCCCACAGAAUCUCCGUUGAGUCCAUCGAGGAGGUUUCAGCGGUGCUGAGGAGGCCGCCGGUCAUCUGGGACAACAUUCACGCCAACGACUACGAUCCUCAGAGGCUGUUCCUCGGACCCUACAAGGAUCGACCCACGGACCUGAUCCCCAAACUCAGAGGAGUGCUCACCAACCCCAACUGCGAGUUCUACCCAAACUUUGUGGCCAUCCACACGUUGGCGACGUGGUGUAAAGCGACUGCAGACGGCGGGCCGAGCGACGUUGACAUGGCAGGCUGUGAUGAGGAGCAGGACCCCUGCUACAGCCCCCAGAAAGCCCUGACGCUGGCGCUGACAGACUGGCUGCAGGAGUUCAUGACCACGGACCAGCCGGGAGGUCCUCCGUCUCGCCUGAAGAAGGAGUCGUCCGAUGAGGAGCCCAUGCAGACGGACGUGUUGGAGGGCGCCCACGUCCCCGGCCCGGACGAGAACCCGCUGUACACCGCCGAGCCGCUGACCCUGGACGACCUCAGGCUGCUGUCUGACCUCUUCUACCUGCCCUACGAGCACGGCGCCACGGCCAGGACCAUGCUGCAGGACCUGGACUGGCUCAGGACCCACAGCCACGCCGCCGCCGCCGCCGCCGAGGAGACCGACCUGACGUCCGAGUGGUGCCAGAGGGCGCAGCAGUUCGACGACACCUGCGGCGCCGUGGUGCAGAUGUUCAACCGGCUGUCCAACGCCCCCAACCGCAGCAUCCUGUACGACCUGUACAACUACAUCUGCGACAUCAAGAGCGGCGUCGGCCUGGCCCGAGCCUACGUCAAGACGCUCGGAGGUCGCGGUCGACCCUCGGCUCACCUGAUGACCGAUGACCCUGAACCCUGGGGCUUCAGAGGGGGUCUGUCUGGAGAGUUCCAGAGGAUGCUGCCAGGGCAUGGAAGCAGGGACCUGUUCAGACACCCGCCCUCAACGGCGGUCUACAGCAUCCGACCCUACUGUCCGGAGGACAAAAUGGAGCUGCAAAGGAUUUCCAGAGAGAUGCGAAGAGACGGAGAGGACAGAUCCUCUGCAGCGCAGCCUCUACUCAUCAGCGACAGCCUGUCGGCGGGUGAAACGCCGCCGUCCCCUCAGUGCGGCCUCAUCCUGGAGGACGAGAUCGGGGUGUGUGGUUAUGCAGUGGCGCUCACCGACGCCAAACCGGCCGCAGCCAAGAUUCAGAGCGCAGUGGGCCAGGCCUUCCUGGAGGAAUUCCCCUCCCUGCUGUCAGUGCAGGUUCUUCCCCGGGUCGCCGACCCGGCCCCAGCAAAGCGGAUGAUUGGUCAGCUGCUGUCCUCCAUCAGGAGCAGUGGGUCCAGAGGGGCGUUCUGUGACCUGAGGCCGAGCGAUCGGCGGAUGCUUCAUUUUUACUCCACGCUGGACUCUUUCAAAGCGGUUCAGGUGGACGGUCUUCCGGGAGAUGUCCUCAUUAUGGCGGCCAGCCUCUGAAACAAAGACUCUUCACUCACCAGUGAACAACUGCAGGUUAAAACCUCAUUUCUCAACUCAUAUCUGGAUGAUCUAGACAGCAAGAUCCUCAACACACUCGAUUUAAAUUACUGAACAAACUGCUGUCAAAUGUCCAUUUUGCUGACUUGAAGAGUAAAAAGUGAUUCCAGCACAAUAAAGAUGUU